AUGGCUUCUCGAACUUUAGCACUAUCGCUUCUUGUAUCGAUCUUGACCGUUGGUGUUCACGCCAUGAAUGGAAUGGACGAUAGCAUGAGUUCAGCCUCAAUGUCCAUGACCGCGUCAAUGGCCAUGUCAUCGACAAUGGCUUCUGGUAUGAGCAUGGCGACCGGCUCGUCCAGCUCGUCUAGCUCAAUGGAUAUGUCGAGUACGAUGUCAAUGAAUACAUAUUUGACUCCCAAGUACUUGAAGUACCCCGUUCUUUUCGAGCAUUUGAAGGCAAACACAAAGGCACAGGCUUUCGGGAUCUUUGUGUUGAUUGUUGCCGCAGCAUUUUCGUACAAGUUUUUGCUCUUCGUCAGUUGGUGUCUGGAGGUGAAAUGGUUUAAACAAUGGAACCCGACCUCCAAUAAGAGCGUUGGGACUGCAGCUGCUACGGGACCGGUGGAAGAGGCUGAUAGCUCUUCGUUACUAACCGCCCGAAAUUACACGCAAGACUUGGAAUUUCAGAGCCAGUUUUUGCCCAGAGUACCCAACUUGUUUUUGCACGUUGUGUCGCCCUCCGUGAAGGAACUUCUACACGAUUUUGUCCGCUUACUGCUUACAUUUUGUUCCACAAUGCUCAUCUACAUGCUAAUGUUGGUGACCAUGACAUAUGUGCUAACAUACGUAUUUGCCGUGAUUGUGGGUAUAUCGCUCGCAGAAAUCUUCUUCAAUAGGUUCAAGAUCUGCUUGAUCGCUAGAUGGGAACUGCAAAGAGAAUUGGACAAAAAGCGCAGCUGUAAAGGUGGCGAGAUUUGCCCCUGCGACGAGCCCGAAGAAAAUCAGAAUCGUUCGCUUGCGAGCGAGGUGAGCCCCAAUUCGACUGUGUUGGAAAAACCCACCGAUAACAAAAAGGGCAUCUCUUGUCAAUCGGAUCUACAAGCCUCAUGCUGUUGCGCACCAGAUACGUUGACAGACUCCAAGGCUGCAGAAACGUGUGGGUGUGAUGGCAAGGAAGCUGAGGAGGAGGCCAUUAAAGAAAGACAAGCUCGCGAAUUUUCCAAAGACAACGAGCAAACAGGCACGAUGGAUGUUAAUCUGACACCAGCAGAAAAGUUUGCCUAA